AUGUUAUUGACCAACACACAAACUGCGGCCUGGCUGGACCAUCCCCAUCAUGGCGCGACUCUUACACUAAGAAAUGACAUUCUUAUUCCUGAACCAUCAGAGGGAGAGGUUCUGGUGAAAUUAGAAUGCUCUGGUUUCUGCCAUUCUGAUGUGCACAGCAUCUAUGGAGAAACACCCAUGGAGACGAACAUCGCGGGGCACGAGGGCGUGGGGCGUGUUGUCAAACUUGGCAAGGGUGUAUCAAGCGAUGUAAUGGGGAAGUUGGUGGGCGUAAAAUGGGUCUAUAGUGCCUGCGGAGAGUGUGAGACCUGCAAAGUGAGAUACGUGCACUGCCCACAUCAGAGCAAUUCUGGGAGAAAUGUACCAGGGACUUUUCAGCAAUAUGUUGUUUCACCGCUGAAAUACACAACUAUUGUCCCCGAGGGCUUAGAGCCAGAAAUAGUAGCUCCAUUGCUUUGUGCUGGGGUCACCGUAUACGCAGGAGUUACACAGGCUUCCAAAUUCAUCACAAAAGGGGACUCAAUCGUCAUCCUAGGAGCAGGUGGUGGCCUUGGCCAUCUUGCUGUUCAAGUUGCUAGUGUCUCUGGAUAUCGUGUCAUCGCCGUCGACAGUGGCGAUAAAGCUGAUGUUUGCAUGACAAGCGGUGCCACUGAAUUCGUGGACUUUUUGAAGCAAGACGUGGAGCAAACCGUCAAGGGAUUGACAGGUGGGAUUGGAGCUCACGCAGUCAUGGUGACUGCUGGUUCCGAGAAAGCCUACGAAUCUGUGCCGAAGCUGCUAAGAAAUCUCGGUGUCUUGGUAUGCGUUGGAAUUCCAAGAUUAGACUUCCACGUUCCAAUUUCACCCUUUGAGAUUAUUGUUCGAGGCUUGAAAAUUGUGGGAACAUCCGUCGGCACGGAAAGCGAUGUUCAAGAACUCUUAAAACUGACUGCUGAAGGAAAGAUAAAGCCACAAAUCGAGGUGUACGAUUUUAACGAUAUCAAUGAUGUGAUGGGUAAAUUGGCAAAAUUCCAGGUAAAAGGCAGGGCGGUAUUGAGAUUGCCCCAAUGA